AUGGCUUCCCAUCGCAAUUCUCCUCCAUUGACUAUCAUAACACAACUAUUAUCCAUUUCUUUCUUCUUACUUCUUCACUCACCUUCGCCUGCCACCGCCGUCCCGGCAACGAACAACGACGCUCCAUCCAGCUUAGUCAAUAAGGUUUGCCAAAAAACUACCCUUUGUAGUUACAACGACUGUGUAGCCGCUCUCGCGUUGGACCCAAAAUCCUCGUCCGCGACGGACGCAAAAGCCCUGGCGAAGAUCGCGCUAAAGUUGGCUGUAUCUAAUUCCACAAGCAGCGAAAAGUACAUCGACGAAAUGGCGAAGAAUGAAGGCUCUUCGCCUGGAUUGAAAUCGGCCCUCGAGUACUGCGUUUUGCAGUAUCAAAGCGUUGUGCUUUUGUCAUUCAGAAGUGCUUUGAACGAAGUGGAUGAUGAUCCUUUGACGGCAAAUUAUGACGCAAAAUUUGCUUCUGAUGGUGCAUAUUAUUGUGGAGAGAAGCUGAAAUCUGGAGGGUUUCAAUCUCAUGAUGUGGAUUCGAUUAGGACUAGAAAUAAUUAUGUGACGAUUUAUAGUGACAUUGGAUUUGCUGUUACCAAUAUGAUAAGCUGA